GAAAAUGGGUGUAGCGAAAAAUAAACCCAAAAUUAAUACCCUACCCGCCCCAGACUUAGCAUUUUUCUCCAUUCAUUUCGCCCUAGACUUUCUUCCGCCAUCUGCUAUUUCUUCCCGGAAAUCUACAGUCCGACAGCCAUUUCGCCGGCUUCUUCGCCGUUGACGACAGCCGUUCCGCCGCCCUUCAUCUGCAGACGACGACUACCGACCUUCCUCUCGCCAACAGACGACGACGACCUUCCUCAUUUUCGAGACCAGAACAGACAGACGACGACAGCCCUUCCCGCCGCCGCUCUUCCUUCGCCGACGAAGACAGCCGACAGCCAUCGCCUCAGCCUCAGCCACACUCGCCGGCGCCUUUCCUUCGUCGGAGAUGCCUCACUCGCCAUCGCCACCGACCACUCCGUAGCCGCCGAUUCCCAAAACAACGGGCAACCUGGACUUGCUUCUCAAUAUUUUCACACUCAAGCUGGGGUUUGCAGCCAUGGUUCACAGAAACUCUUUUAUUCAUCUGUAUUCUGUAAACUAUUCCUACUAGCUUAAGCUUGGUUCGAUUGCUAGAUGCCUUGAAAUCUCACACUUGCAGGGACUGAAAUCUCACACUUGGUAUGAAGUAAAGAUAUCUUAUCCUGCUUCUAUACCAGCUACUUUUUCUUUACAACUCAAGAAAGAUAGUUCAGGGUUGGAGCUAAAUAGGGAAAGAAAAUUACUGAAUACUGAGGAACCAUGGAGAACUAACUGUAGCUACAUUGUAUUGUUGGGGGACAAUGAAGAACUAUUGGUAACAACCUUGUAUAGUCUAAGGAUUCAAGUUAUAGCUGAGGCAACAAGUUAUCGCUGAGCUGUUGAGUUCACUAUUAGGUGAAGAGGAGGAAGGGGGCUAUGAAGAGAAGGAGUGUGAGCAGGAAGAAACACAUGAGCCUUAAAUGGAGUAGUUGGAAUAUUUGGAACUAGGGCGAAAGCUGAAAGAAAUAUUUCGGGAUAGAGGACUAGGAGAGCACAGCAGCGGCUUGGAGGAUCUCACAAUCUCACUCUGGUUUCUUUGAAAUGAAGUACAUGAAGCCAUUAAACUUGUUCCAAGAAUUGGUAAAGUCACGGGGUCGUUUGCUUGGUUUGGAUGUCGGCAAUAAGUAUGUUGGUUUAGCUGUCUCAGAUGUAGAAAAUAAAUUAGCAUCACCUCUGAGUGUGCUGAUUCGCAAAAAAUCCAAUAUUGACUUGAUGGCCACUGAUUUCCAGUCUCUUAUCUCUGAGCUUUCCUUGAAGGGAUUCAUUUUUGGCUACCCUUUUGAUCGACAACGAAACAAUCCAGAUGCUGUGCAAGUUAAACUUCUGAUUGAUGAUCUUUGUGAAACUGGAAAACUUGUUGACGUAAAAUACACGUUUUGGGAUGAAAGCUUCUCAUCCAAGAGUGUGGAAAUGUUACUGAAGCCUUUAAAUUUGCAUCCGGUUCAGUCAAAGACAAUAGUGGACAAAUUUGCUGCGGUUGAAAUACUCCAGUUGUGGCAGGGGUACUUGGAUUAUGUCAACAGAAAUGACAAGAUGAAGUUAUCAGCUAGAAGUGAAGAGCCAGCUGAUGAAGAUGGAAUUAAACCUUCAGUUGCCUGAAUGUAUUUCAUUUAGCCUGUAGAUUCAUUGAUUGCAGCAUAGAAUUGAAUGAAGAAAGAAUUCAUGUUAUUCAUUUAUCCAAGCAAAAGGGGAAACAAAAGAAUUAAAUAUUAGAAUUGUGUUUUCAUUCUAACUUGAUUCUAAGGAAAGUGAAGCCAUAUAUAUAUAAGCUCUCGAGUUAUUAUUA